CUUUCACUAAUGUCAUAAGGAGCAGGACAACGAAAGAAGAUGAUCUGUUUCUUGUGGAUUCUAAUAGGAAUUUACCUAAAAUGCACAUUAUGCGACAGAUCCUGUGGAGAGAGGAAUCAUGUUAUUGGCGCUGAGGGAGGUGAUGUCUUACUUCAAGUGGAUCCAGAUGGAGUGAUGGGAGAUAUCACAUGGUUCCUCUCUGGAAAUCAUUUUGCCACCUCGGAACCUGGAAAAAUUAUAAAAAUUCGAGAUAGUCGUUACAAAGAAAAAGUCGACAGCACGGAGGAUGGAUCAGUACUCAUGAAAAACUUAGCAAAGAAAGACGAAGGAACGUAUAUAGCAAGUACCUUGAAAAGCACAUCAGGAAUAGAAGAGCUUUGUGCACUGAUAUAUGACCUCAGAGUAUACGAAAUGCUGUCAGAUGAUAAUAUUGAGAUUGAUUACGAGGUUUCCAGUAAUGAGACAUGUAACGUGACCUUCAUCUGCACAGUGAGGACAUCGGACGUGACCAUUACCUGGGAGAGUUCAACUAACAAUGAUGUAAAUGUGACCAGUAAUGUUGUACAUGUACAAGACCCUGAUCUAAAAGUUAUCUACACCUGUACAGCCUGGAACCCCAUCAGUAGCGUCUCCAAAUCUGUGACCCCCUGGGAGUACUGCAAGAUAGGGAGACAACAGAUAUCAGAAGACUACAAAGACAUGAACAUAAUACGGCUGAAGUUGGCUGGUUUCCUAUUGAUAAUCACUUGCUUCAUUCUUGGCCAUCACAUUAAAACAGAGGUGGUGGUGUCCUCAACAGACAACAAAUGAAGGAUCUGCAAGGGUCAGGUCUGGACUUGAAGAACAGAAGUAAUGGGUUCUACAAACCACCUUCUGAGCUUCUGGACUUAGACUUCAUCUUGGACAGAGCUUAUAUGUAUAUUGUAUUAAAAAAUGUUUUUAGUUUUUUUUCCCAUUUUCUUCAGACAGGUCUCGUUUAAGAUAAUCAGAGACAUGGAAAUAUGAUGCCAAGGUUUGAACUUUUGGGUUAUUUAUCUAUUUUGACUGGUAUUUCUGCAAAGGGUAUAAGGUACAAAACAUUAAAAAAAUGAAACUAACAAUGGAAGCAGGACAAAAAGUUAUAAAAGCAGACUCUAUUAUAAUCAGAAAAUCCAAAAAGUUUCAAAGGAAUUGUUUGGGCCAGUAUUUCAGAAACGACACUACCUUAAUCAGUAGUUGUAUCUGCUAGUGGUAGUGAUAUUACAUCUCAGCCAUUUAAAAAAAAAAAAAAGCAGAGCCAGUUUGCUAAUUUUGGACAACCCCUUUAACAGGGAUGGUACAAGCUCUUUCGGUAUCCAUGGCGGGAGCUACAGGAUAAACUCCACCACUUCCAGUUCUGACAUUCAUUUCAUUGUCCUCGUAUCUCCUCCAACAUUUUUGCCAUUUCCUUGAUCUUAGAUAGUGACAGUUUAGGGGGACCAUCCUGGUGAAAAAAAUUCUAAAAAAUUUAGGAAAAAAAUCUAUUUUUAACGUUAUCAUGGAUUUGUACAUUUAUUUUUUUCAGGUGAAACAAAUCUGUUUUUGUUCUAGUAGCAUUUUUUUCUCAUUUCCAGUGACUCAUGACUAUUUGAGGGGUUUACCACAGAAGAUGUCUGUGCGUGUGAGGCAUUUCCUGUCUUAUGCUUUGAGUUUCCAGACAAUGAACCUUUGACUUUUUUUUUUUUACAUAUACAAAUAAAUAUUUUUCUGAAAAUAAUUGAUAUUUAUAUCUAACUGCAUGAUUUAUGUAUUCUCAUAUUAAGAGAUUCAUUGUGUUUUCUGCCAUUAUUCCUCGGGGGCAGAUUAUUCCUCGGGGGCAGGUCCUCUCUCCUUUUGUACCAGUUUGUAACUCAUCUUGUUCAGGCUUAUUGCACUUGUUGUAUAUUAUGUAUCUACACCCCUUUUCAUAUGUACAUUGCCAUGAAAUGACUUUAACAAUAAAUAAUAAUAACAAGCACCU